CCGAGUAAUCCGAUUGGACAGAUAGGGCGCUUUCACGGCAGUUCAGCCCUGCUGCCUGUGUGUGGCAACCGGGGUAAACUGGACAACUGGGGGAAAUGCGAGAUUGUGGAGAGUACCAUGUUACGCUUUUAAAGAAUCUCCUGCCUCUUUUCGAAUCGGAAGACAGAUUUUGGAAGCAUACGCAUAUAUUUUUUUAUUUCCUAUUUGGGAUUAACCAGCCACAGAAGGCGCACAUUCCUCGGAGGUUCGCGGGCUGAAGAAUAAAGUAGUUUAAUCGAGCCCGACCGCACCAAAUUUUCUCCCAACUGCUUCCCCAGCCCGGCCGUGUGCGCUCCGGAGAGAGAGAGGGAGACAGAGGAGAGGAUGCUUGUCGAGAGCUGCGACCUCCGCGCUUUCCUUACGAGGAAUUAAACGCAUGAAUUAUAGCCUUCUUUUUUUUUCUUCUUUUUUUUUUCUCUUUCUCUUUCUGGGAGCUGAAGUCGGACGGACGCUCAGGACGCACGCUCGGGCUUUUCAACGACCUCCUCCCCCCCUUCCCCCCCAUCCCUGUCUGCUGAGACUGGCGUGGCUGUGAAGCAAAUUUCAACCAUUUUGCCAAAGGACCUGCACACUGGAGAGAUAAACAAAGGAUACAUAUCGAGAUGUAUCCACAAGGCCGACAUCCGGCUCCACAUCAGCCCGGCCAGCCUGGCUUCAAAUUCACUGUAGCAGAGUCUUGUGACAGGAUUAAAGAUGAAUUCCAGUUCCUGCAAGCCCAGUACCACAGUCUUAAGGUGGAGUAUGACAAGCUGGCCAAUGAGAAGACGGAGAUGCAGCGCCACUAUGUCAUGUAUUACGAGAUGUCCUAUGGGCUGAACAUAGAGAUGCACAAACAGACGGAGAUUGCCAAAAGGCUCAAUGCAAUUUUAGCUCAAAUUAUGCCUUUCCUGUCACAAGAGCACCAACAGCAGGUUGCUCAGGCAGUGGAGAGGGCUAAGCAGGUGACCAUGACCGAGCUGAAUGCUAUCAUCGGGGUACGUGGACUUCCCAAUCUGCCUCUCACCCAGCAGCAGCUUCAAGCACAGCACCUCUCCCAUGCUGCUCACGGGCCCCCGGUCCAGCUGCCGCCUCACCCCUCGGGCCUGCAGCCUCCAGGCAUCCCCCCUGUGACGGGCUCUGGAUCGGGCCUGCUGGCUCUCGGCGCUCUGGGCAGCCAGGCGCACCUCCCCGUGAAAGAUGAGAAGAAUCACCACGAUCUUGAGCACAGAGAGAACGCGAACAACUCCAUAUCGCCAUCGGAAAGUUUACGCACAGCCAGUGAGAAGCAUCGCAGCUCAUCCGACUACAGCUUGGACUCCAAGAAGCGUAAAGUGGAGGAGAAGGACAGCAUGAGUAGAUAUGAUAGCGACGGGGAGAAAAGCGACGACCUGGUGGUAGACGUAUCUAAUGAGGAUCCCGCCACUCCACGAGCGAGCCCGGCGCACUCCCCACCUGAAAAUGGCAUCGAUAAACCCCGCCCACCAAAGAAAGACACGCCGAACAGCCCGGCGUCAGUGGCGUCCUCUGGAAGCACCCCGUCGUCUAAGGCCAAGGAGAUCAGUCAUAAUGACAAAUCCUCCACGCCUGGUCUCAAAUCCAACACCCCCACCCCCCGCAACGAUGCCCCCACCCCUGGCACCAGCUCCACUCCUGGGCUCAGACCCAUCCUGGGCAAAACACCAGGCAUUGAGGCUCUUGCAGCCCCAGCUUUGAGGACCCCUCUGUCCAUCGCAGGCUCUUAUCCCACCCCCUUUGCCAUGAUGGGCCAUCAUGAAAUGAACGGAGGCCUGACCAGUCCGGGAGUGUACGCAGGUCUGCACAUCUCCCCACAGAUGAGCGCGGCAGCCGCUGCAGCGUACGGGCGCUCCCCCAUGGGGUUUGACCCACACACCCACAUGAGAGCGCCGGGCCUUCCAGCCAGCCUCACGUCCAUUUCUGGUGGAAAACCAGCAUACUCCUUCCAUGUCAGCGCUGAUGGCCAGAUGCAGCCCGUGCCAUUCCCACCUGAUGCCCUAAUUGGCCCCGGUAUCCCUCGCCACGCCCGGCAGAUCAACACGCUGAGCCACGGCGAGGUGGUGUGUGCUGUAACCAUUAGCAACCCUACGCGUCAUGUCUAUACCGGAGGCAAAGGCUGUGUCAAAAUCUGGGACAUCAGCCAACCUGGCAGCAAGAGCCCAGUUUCCCAACUGGACUGUCUGAACAGGGAUAACUACAUCCGCUCCUGUAAGCUGCUGCCUGAUGGCCGCACAUUGAUUGUUGGAGGCGAGGCCAGCACAUUGACCAUCUGGGAUCUGGCCUCUCAGACACCGCGCAUCAAGGCUGAGCUCACCUCCUCGGCCCCGGCGUGUUACGCCUUGGCCAUCAGCCCCGACGCCAAAGUCUGCUUCUCCUGCUGCAGCGACGGGAACAUUGCCGUUUGGGACCUUCACAACCAGACUCUCGUUAGGCAGUUCCAGGGACAUACGGACGGGGCUAGCUGUAUCGACAUAUCCCACGAUGGCACUAAGUUGUGGACAGGCGGUCUUGAUAACACUGUUCGCUCCUGGGAUCUGAGAGAAGGCCGACAGCUGCAGCAGCAUGACUUCACUUCACAGAUCUUCUCUUUGGGCUACUGUCCGACCGGAGAGUGGCUCGCUGUGGGUAUGGAGAGCAGCAACGUGGAGGUUCUUCACCAUUCAAAGCCGGACAAGUAUCAGCUCCACCUGCAUGAAAGCUGUGUCCUCUCCCUCAAGUUUGCCUACUGUGGUAAAUGGUUCGUAAGCACUGGGAAGGACAAUCUGUUGAAUGCUUGGAGGACUCCUUAUGGCGCCAGCAUAUUCCAGUCCAAGGAGUCUUCAUCUGUCCUGAGCUGUGACAUCUCUACAGACGACAAGUACAUCGUGACGGGCUCUGGUGACAAGAAGGCCACUGUAUAUGAAGUCAUCUAUUAGGACGGACUGCUCGGGAACAUUGGACUCCUUCCUCCAUCUACCUUCCCUCACACAGACAGCAUGGAUGUUGCCUGCAGCCCCGAGGUGGACCGGCAGGACGUUUGGCAGAGCCAGACGCCAGACUGCUGCGCAUAGCGGCGCUGCUGCUGAGGCCCGGGAUGCUGUGUCCUUCGGUUCUGCCCUUCCUCACUCAUACAACUAACACUUGUACAGCGAGUGCAGUUUCCCCAAGGCACUAAGAAGAAAAUAAUGUCUUGCUGUUUUUUUUUUUUUUGUUUUUUUUUUUCUGUUUGUUGGAUAUUUCUUUUUUAUUCGUCCUUUUUAAUGUGGAGAUAAAGUUCCAUGACACAACUAGAAGCCGCGCUUCACUCUGGAGCUUCUCCUUGGAGGUCCUGUGAAAAGUGUACAUAAUGGAGUAAUAAAAGGCCUUUUAUAGAUUUAUAUUUUGGUGUCCAGUUACGCUUGUGAUGGUUCUUUCUUGUUCUCUCCGUGAUUUUUCUGUCCCCUUUGGGGAUGGAAAUUAGAUUAGGACUUUGUAAGAGGAUAUUCUAUUUCAGUUUUCUCCCCUUGGCUUUUUUUUCAUGUUCAUUGUCCAGAAUGACCUUUUCGGAAAUCUAAUUUGGAUUUUUUUUUUUUUUCCCUCCCCGACAACUGCUUUUUUUUUUUCUUCGCUGUUUGCAGUAACAGAUGUUUGUCACACGGAUUUGAGCAGUGGCGAAUUCUGGAAGAAGCCCUUUUUAAAAGAAACAAAACAAAACCUUGGC